CGCUGUAUGUGCACAACAUGCGGCCGGCCGUCGAUGUGCGUUGUUCGUUGUGAAGUUGGCGGAAUGAUUGAAGUCUUCCGUUGUCUUAGUUUUUCCGUUGAAUUUAUGGUUUUUCUUAUGUUGAUUGAUUUGGUAGCCCUCCUGUACCUUUUCGAGCUUCACUAGCGCCGAUUGAUUGUCAUUUUUUCAUCAAGUGCUGCAUUUAACUCACUGGCCGACUGAACUUUAUCUACAUCGUCGCUGAACAUUAAACUCCAAUCAUGAAGAGACUAGGACACGCCACCACCCCACUGACUGAGAAGACCCUAGACAGACAGGCCGCCAGCAGAGAGACUCGGCUUGCUUUGUUCUGGGGCCUGCUGAAUCUAGUCCUGGCUGGCCUAUGCUUCUUGGAAAUAACUUUCCACUCGAUGGCGGAUUUCUUCAACCUUCAGCCUGAGUUUGUCUGGUACCCCGCCUGCUUCCUUGCUGUUCUGUUCAGCAUCAACACUCUCGUCGAUCUGGCCAAGUAUGUCCUACCCAUAAUGCAGUGGACCCAUCAGCCAAUACUUCUCUCGCCACAGGAGAGAAAUCUGCUGGGCGUCAACGAAAAUGCUGUAGGGUUCAAGACUUCCACUCCAUUCAGACCUCGGGUCGCUUCAGCCCCAGCCAACCUCAGCUCCCAGGGUCUGACCAGCCGUAGUCCUGCCAUCCAGCCCCCUAGCACGUUCCUCUACCAGACCACGCCUACCCUGGCUACCCCCAUCCUGGGCACGCCUGCAGCAAGCUUCUACGGCACGCCUCAGGGGUUCAGCGAGAGGUCCCUCGUCUCUCCCGUGUUUUCCUCGCCCCAGGGUAGUCCGUACGUGACCCCCCAGCAAUCCUUCACCAGAGUGACACCACACGGUAGCCCGCACACAUCCAUGUCUGGUGUCUCGCCUUCUCCACUCUUGCGGGACAGCAACAGUAGCAUGCUUCUCAGAAAUCGGCACCAGUCUUCUCCGGUCACACACUCCCCAUUGACAUCUGAGGAUGCUAUUACUGACCCAGCCUCACUGAACAGCUACCUGAAGUCCGUUGAGGACAAAGAGAGGAAAUAUCAACUGGGCAGUAACGAAUCCUCCCCUAGUGGUAGCCCCUCUUACUGGGCCUACAAUCGCUCGGCGGCCGACUACACCCCUCUCCUGCGCAAGUUCCAGUACCAGCUGGCCAGCCGGUCCCCGCAGUCACCCACACGCAAGGACGACCCAGAUUACCCCUCCACCUACGGUGCUGAUGAGGUCUGGUUGAGGGUGGAUGUCCGGAGAGACCAGCUUGAUCUCUGGAUUGCAAACCUACGAAUGUGGAUAUCCCAAACAAUAAUGGCCCCACUGGCAAAGGCCAUAGAGGAACUAAAUAUCACUCUGACCAAGCUAGGAAGGGCGGAGCUACAAAUUGGAGAGGUCAGUAUAUCAUCGCUGCGCCAAGUGUCCCUCACAAAGAGUCAGCUUGUCCCCACACUGUCAAUGGUACUACCCUACCUGGACGUCUCAGCCAAUCAGGAGUAUGUUGUGCAGAGAAUACGAGAACUAGCGUCUGGUGGCUGUAUGAGUGAUUUUCGAUGGAACAAAGGAUGUGAUUUCAAGGGACGCAAAUGGGAUGAGGAUCUGCCUUCCGAUUGUGCAAUGGUGAUGCAUAUGUUGUGUACCUACCUGGACUUCCGGCUACCCAGUGAUCCUAAACACCCAGACGGUAAAACCUUUGCUAGUCAGUACUUCAUGAAAACACCUGACAAGCCAGAUCUCAAGAAGAAAGACAAUCUGUUAUUGUUUCAGACGAAGAUCAACCCUCCCCACUACAAAGUCAUCAUUGGUGAUGAUACGUGGGACCUGCCAAAGGGACGUAGCAACAUGUUUCAGGCCAUCCUACUGAUGUUGCACCAUGUGAAAACCAAGGAACAUGGAAUGCUGGGGCGAGUCAAUUUAGGCAUGUCGGGCGUCAACAUCCUGUGGGUGAUCAAUGAUGCAGAAAGACUUCAAACGGUCCGCCAACGAGAAAGCUUGCUGCUUCCCAAAGUUUUGGAAUGAUUAGAUUUGAAGCUGAAGAGCAUUUGUAUAAAUAUCCUGAGUGGAUUUCAACUGCAAAGAUGUGUACUGAACUUGACACUCUUAUACUCAUGAUUUACUAGGAACCAUACCCAUCCUGGCAAAUUCCAACACCAUAUUGGAAACUGCACACACAUAUUUCUGACUUUGAUUCUGGAGGUGUGCUAACCCAAUGUAAAAGACUGUCAGUUUCGGGGUACUGUACCCAUCCUGACAGAUUCCAACAAAACAUGCCGUUGGGGUUUGAUGGGUUGAGUUCUGUUAGGGUUAAAGGAAUCAGGUUUGAGAGUCUGGUUACCGGAGAGCAGUUGGCAGGUUUUAUGUAUCCCUGAAAAGGAUGCCAGACAAACCUGCUUGGACUAGUCGGAUGGCUCAAGAUAAGGUAUUAAAUUUGUGUAUGUGGGAUUGGUUGCCAGACAUGCUUGAGUUAAGCAUAGUAUGAUGGCAUUUUAGUGUAGGGCUGUGGCUAGUCACAGUGCUUGCCAAAGGCAGAAAUCCAGAGCCACAGCCCAAACCAUAGGAUUUGAGACCGGAUGUGUAUGGAAUCGCUAGCCCCCAGUUCAGAGAGACAAGCAAUGGAGUCCGCUGUUAUCUUUAUGCCAAGAUGCAUUUGUACAUGUGGAAUACAGUACCUAUUUUGUGCAAAUGUGAUCAUUUGAAUGAAGUUGACCCCACAUCAUGGUACACAAGGACAGUAAUGUGCUGGAUGUUUCCUGACUCUUUAUGAGUGAAAUAUUGGGGCCGAGUUUGGACUAGCAAUAGUAGUGUUGGUGUCCAUAGGCAAUCUACUUAACCUCAACUUUGCCCUCUUUAUGAUGCAUUCUUAUACAAAUAAUGAAUGUUUAUGAGUGCAAUGGUAAGAAGAAUUUAGGAGAAUUUCAGAAUAUCAUCAAAGGCGCAUACAGUAUUGAAGCAUGUUGCUUCUCGGGAUUUGAAAACAUUUUGAACUGUAUUAAACCUAGAUCAGAGAUAGCUCAAGUGAUGUGGGCAAGUUGCCAAAACAGAACUGGAAAAUUUAAUCUGAAUAUUGAAUCGUUCCCAGGUUUGCUUUUGAGAUUCACAAAGAUGUUUGUACCCUCAGGCAUGCCAUUUUUUAUUAUUACCUUGAGGUUUUUUUUAAAAAUAUUUAUAUUAAUAAAGUGUGGAGUGCAUUGUUUUUCAUGUGUUUCUCCAAAUCUGGUGUUAUUGCUGUAACUCGCCAGUUUCCAAAAUAGAGUUCUCCUAAGUCAAUACGGAAGUGAAAACUGGGUACAUUUGUGAAGUUUGUCUACAAGGUAUGCAUUGUUUACUGUUCCCCCUUAAAUUUAGUACUAGUAUUAGUUGUUUGUCUAUUUUGCAGUAAAACUGAGGAAUGGGAUUCCCAUGUUAUUUUGUUUGAUUUACUUCUCUUAAUUUUGUAUUAUUAUUUUUUGUUGAUGAUAUGAAUGUCAGAAUUAUUUUUAACAAUAUCUGGCAGAAGUAAAUGUAUAACAGCUGUUAAUAAAAUGAAGGUCAGACAGUUUGCAAGAUAAA